AUGGCUUCCGAAGCUGAGGCGGGCAGUGGAGCUGUUGUUGAGGGAGAUUUAGGCGAUGGAGAUGCAUCAUUAGGAGAGCUACCAACAAACAUGGAGACUGAAUCCUCCAGUGGUAAAGAGACUGCAGUGGCAGCUGAUGAAGGUGCUGAGACUGCAGACACAAACACAGGCUCAGGAGAUGAGGAAAAUGGUCGACAGCUGGGUAAAGUGGAGCUGCAAUGCGCGCUGUGCAUGAAGUGGUUCACAGCCAACACAUUCAGCAUUGAUACUGCUACUUGCCUACCAUUUAUGACCAACUACGUAUUUCACUGCAACGUGUGUCAUCACAGUGGAAAUACAUAUUUCUUGAGGAAACAAGCAAACUUGAAAGAAAUGUGCCUCACAGCCUUGGCUAAUCUAACCUGGAGGUCAAGGACACGAGAAGAGCACCCAAAGACCAUGUUUUCUAAAGACAAGGAUAUCAUCCCCUUUAUCGACAAAUACUGGGAGUGCAUGACAACUCGUCAGAGACCAGGAAAACUAACAUGGCCGAAUAACAUAGUGAAAACCAUGAGUAAAGAGCGGGAUGUGUUCUUGGUGAAGGAACAUCCAGACCCUGGCAGUAAAGAUCCUGAGGAGGACUAUCCCAAAUUUGGCCUCCUUGAUCAGGACUUGGCCAACAUUGGACCAUCAUAUGACAGCCAGAAACAGACUACUACUGUAACAGCUGCUGGUGGUCUUAAUGGUGGAUCGUCAUUUUCAGGUGGCCUUCCUCCUCCUGGCACGGGCAAAGGUCGAGGAGCCAAACGCAAGCAGCAGCAACUGCAGGAUGGAUCCACUGCUGGAGCAGCAAAGAGGACCCGCAGUGACCCUCUGUUUGCUGCACAGCGACUGCCUCCUCACGGUUACCCUCUUGAGCACCCAUUCAACAAAGAUGGCUACCGAUACAUCCUGGCUGAGCCAGACCCGCACGCUCCUGACCCGGAAAAGCUGGAGCUGGACUGCUGGGCGGGAAAGCCCAUCCCUGGAGACUUGUACAGAGCAUGUCUCUAUGAGAAAGUGCUACUCGCCUUGCAUGAUAGAGCUCCUCAGCUAAAGAUCUCUGACAACCGUCUAACAGUGACUGGAGAGAAGGGUUACUCGAUGGUGCGAGCAUCUCACGGGGUACGAAAGGGGGCCUGGUAUUUUGAGGUGUUCAUAAGUGAAAUGCCCCCUGACACUGCUGCCCGCCUUGGCUGGUCCCAGCCUUUAGGUAACCUUCAAGCUCCUCUGGGCUAUGAUAAGUUUAGCUACUCUUGGCGCAGUAAGAAAGGUACCCGCUUUCAUCAGUCCAUUGGAAAACAUUAUUCUGAGAGCUACGGUCAGGGGGACAUCCUGGGCUUCUACAUCGAGUUACCAGAUAAUACAGAGACAGCAAGGUCCCUACCGGACACAUAUAAGGACAAAGCACUGAUCAAAUUCAAAAGCUACCUCUACUUUGAAGAGAAGGAUUAUGUGGACAAGGCAGAGAAGAGCUUGAAGCCAGUUAAUAACAGUCGAAUGAUUUUCUAUAAAAAUGGAGUGAAUCAAGGUGUGGCUUUCGAGAACCUCUUUGAGGGGAUGUAUUUUCCUGCCAUCUCUCUGUACAAAAACUGCACGGUAUCUGUUAAUUUUGGACCACAUUUCAAACACCCGCCAAAGGAUAUCAAGUAUCAGCCAAUGAGUGAUAUGGGCUGGGGUGCAGUGAUUGAGCACACUCUAGCAGACAUCCUUUACCAUGUGGAGACGGACGUGGAUGGCCGGCGCAGUCCUCCUUGGGAAGGUUAACUGCUGUUUAAAACACACCCUGCAGUGAUUCCAUACCCAUGAUGCUAAUACAGUUAUAAACACCCAGCUCACAACUUCCAACACACAUAAACCAGACCAUAUUCUGUCCAUAUUCACUGCUUUAACACAGCUGUGUAUUGCAUUUUUCAAAGGCUCAGAUCGGGUUGAGGUGAGUGCCACAGUUGUAAUUUUACACUGCAUUUCAUGGUGCACAUCUGGUUUUUUAUUAGAUGUACUGAAUACCACACUGAAUUGUGAAUUAUUGAACAUAGUAUUCAGAAAAGGUGUAUACUGUACACACAAAAGGUAGUAUACAAAAAGGUGUAUCAGCACACAGUUGUGUACAGGAAUGUAUUACAAGAUAAACAUGGGUUAACACAUCCGAAAUCACAUAUUUGUUAAUACUGUGUGUCUUAACAGCCUGUAGUUUUAGCCUUUUGAGACCUGUAUUGCUUGUGAUGUUUGCAUUAGUUCCCUAGUUGUAAAGAAUAAUUGUUUUCAUAUUCAUAGGCUUUGUUAUCUACUGAGGUUUGUUUUAAUAAAGGUAAUCUACAUACUGUAAA